AUGGACGAGCACCAUCACACGGCGACCAGCGGCGGCUCGACCUCAACGGCUGCGAUGAACAGUUCGACCACUGGUGGUGGCGGGGGUGGCGGUGGUAGUGGCAGCCCGACGGGUGAUUCUGGAAAACACGAUGAAGCCCGACUCAACGCCGAUUCCGACGACGGUUCACAAGCUCAGGAUCCUGGGAAGAUGUUCAUCGGCGGUUUGAGCUGGCAAACAACGGCUGAAGGGCUUCGCGACUAUUUUGGCCGUUUUGGUGAGGUUAACGAGUGUAUGGUAAUGCGGGACCCAGCGACUAAACGGGCUAGAGGCUUCGGGUUUAUCACAUUUGUCGAUCCGGCUAGUGUAGAUAGAGUAUUGGCUACUGAGGAGCACGAAUUAGAUGGCAAAAAG